AUACUGCUUCAUUAUUUUUUAGGGCCGGUGUACUCGAGAGAACUGCAAAUAUCUUCACCCUCCCCCGCACUUAAAAACACAGCUCGAAAUAAAUGGACGCAACAAUCUGAUCCAGCAAAAGACCGCGGCAGCCAUGUUUGCACAGCAGAUGCAGUUCAUGUUACCCGGCGCUCAACUACAGCCAAUUACUACGUUUCCUGUGACUCCAUCACUUGCAACUAGUCCCACCAUGGCUUUUAGUCCCUACCUAAGUCAUGUUUCUCCUGGGAUGGGCUUGGUUCCUGCAGAACUUUUACCAAAUACGCCUGUCUUGGUUUCCGGGAAUCCUACUGUUACAGUACCGGGAGGCUCUGUUGCUCAGAAACUGAUGCGUACAGAUAAACUGGAGGUUUGCCGAGAGUUUCAGCGUGGAAAUUGCACUCGUGGUGAGAAUGAUUGCCGUUACGCUCACCCCAUAGAUAUUGCAAUGAUAGACACAAACGAAAACACUGUUACAGUUUGCAUGGAUUACAUCAAAGGCCGAUGCUCUAGGGAGAAAUGCAAGUACUUUCAUCCCCCUGCACACCUGCAAGCCAAAAUCAAGGCAGCUCAACACCAGGUGAACCAGACAGCUGCAACUGCAAUGACUCAGCCAGCUGUCAGAUCACUGAAGCGACCCCUCGAGGCAACCUUUGACCUGGCCCUGCCGCCUGGUGCACUUCAACCUUUACCAAAGAGGCCAGCACUUGAAAAAAACAAUGGUGCCACCACAGUCUUUAACCCAAGCGUUUUCCACUACCAACAGGCUCUAGCUAACAUGCAGUUGCAACAGCCUACAUUUAUCCCUACAGGGUCAGUACUGUGCAUGACACCCACUGCAAGCGUUGUGCCCAUGAUGCACGGUGCUACGCCCACCACUGUGUCUGCAGCAACAACACCUGCCACCAGCGUCCCCUUCGCUGCAACAGCUACAGCCAAUCAGAUAUCCCAGUUAUCAGUAGAUGAACUGAGUAGCAGCAUGUUUGUUUCACAGAUGUAGAAGUUACCGAUAGAACACAGACUAUGUUGAAAUUCUGAAGAGUAAAAUUACGGAGUUCCAGGACUUCUCGGUGGGAAGCUGCACAUGGCCUUUCUGUAUAUAUUCCCUCCUCCCUCAUUUCUUCCUCGACCACCUCUACAGUAAGCCUGUUGCAGCCUACAUGUUAACCAAAAACUGAUCAAUGGGAAUGUCAAAAAAAAAAAAAAAAAAAAAAGAACACUAUAGAAACAAUUAACAAACAGCGCUCUGUUAUAUGAGAUAUACAAGUAGACAAUUAUAAUAGACUUUUAUAACACAUUACUUUAACACACGUAAUCAUUUUAUGACUACCAUCAUAAGUGCAUCUGCACAGUGGACUGUUGGUUUACUGUAUACUAUCGAUGGAUAAAUGUUUGUCUUGUUUUUAAAGUGUUAUCUUACUGUUUUGUUUACAUCAUAGUCUAUGGAUUUGUUUUAAAGUGUACAUCAUUAUCAAGUAUACUCAAUACCAUUUUUUUCAUUAUUGUUAUGUCUUAAGUUUUCAUAUACUGUAGUUUUCUGGGUUGGGGGGGGGAUAUUUUUGUUUUGGGGUUUUGGUUUUUUUACUAAAAAUGUUACAGUGGGAAACAGGAAUUAUGUGCUUGAAAAACACGACACAAGAAUGUUCUGUCCUUUUCUAUAGUGUGGUUGUUUUCAUCAGCUUACAUUGCUUGUUUUAAAUGGCUCCUUUUAAGAUCUGGAAUUUGCCUUCAAGGAGAGUCUCAGAUUUAUGUGUUAUGAAGGGACAGCAGGCCUGUUAGCCCAGUUCACGGGUUUUACUAAGUGAGUUGAGUCUGGCUUCCUGAAAAGAGAAACUUUGCUACGUAAUAAACAAAAAACACACUCAGUAAAAAGUUAGAUAUCAGCUGAAGGGGGAGAUUUAUUCAGAAAGCAUCAGAAAACAAGGAAUGACUCCAGUUUUGCUGUCCAUUGCAGUGCCAUUCUUAGCUCCAAAUGGCACACCGUUUUUCUUGCUAUUUAAGUAGUGCCAUUAAACAAAACCUCCCACAAAACAGAUGAGUAAGUGAUGAGACAGAUUCAGAGGGGUAAAGGAUACCCCUCCCAAUCCCCCAAGGAAACGUAGCUGUAGUCCCCUUGAAACCCAGAGACGUAGACCUGGAAUGGGUAAUUUUGAUUUAAAAUUAUGAAAAUACCCCCACACACACACUCUGCCUAGGGAAGAUGGUGCCACCCAGUUGCCCUUGUCUCCACUAAGUGCGCAGCAGAAUUCAUUGGGAAAUUUGGUGGGGGCAUUCCCUGACAUUUCAUCAGCCUACCCCCGUAAUGUACUUCACCUUUAAGUCAGAGACAUUCCCCAAGAGCAAAAACAAAUAAACAAAGAACAAGCAACAAAGACAACGACCCUUGAGUUUACCAGGCCUAGAUGGUUUUCAGAGAUUUAACUCCUUGGAUCAGUGGAUGCAUUUUGGCAUCUUUUGUUUGAUCAGGAGCGAUGAGUAAACUGAAGGAUGACCAACCCCCCACGCCCUGCCCAGCACACACUGCCAUUCUGUCCAGCUGCUGACUACGUUCACCAGAAAACAAAUCUUGGCUUGGCUAAAGCAGGGAUGCCGCUGCCACGUUCAUCCCCAGCAUAAGUCCACUGACAUCAGUGGAGUUAUGCCAGAGAUGUAUUUGGCCUAUAAGUCUCUGAAUAAUUGAAGAGUGUCAACAGCAAGUAAUUGUUCAAGGACAUGCAAGGGGGCAUUAGGAGACUUUGGACAAAAUAUCAGGAAAAAACACCGGAAAGCGAGAUCAGUUAGUACGUGGAAUAGCCUCCCAAGUGACGUAGUUUGGCACUGUGAACCGAGAUCAAUGUGGGUUGAGGACGUGUCCCCUAUAAACAGUCCUGCACUGGCAGAGGGGGUGCUCCAAACACCCUGGCUGGCCUUUGCCAUCUGUGAGGGGCUAGUUUUUCCUGUAUUAGCUGGAGAGCUGCUGCUGAAGCAGCACCGGAAUAUCCCUACCCCUCUGCUGUAAAAGGCACGAACCCAGUUCCCGAGAGGCUAACCCUGAUGUCCAAAGGCCGAGCUGCUUAUAAACACAAUGGAGUCUGGUGAUUGCUGAGGAAAGCAGAGGGGCAGUGAUAUUAUGGCGGUAACAACCGCACGUUGGAGAUAAAAUUAAUAGGUUCACUUUUUAACUUCUAACAUUAGAGGCCAGAGCCUUCCCCUCCCCUGCCCCUCCCGAGGGAAGGUGCGAUGCCCUCCAUUUUGUGCCAGGAAAAUGUGGGCAGUCUGGGCCGCUUGUUCUGUGGUGGUUUAAGGGCCUGGGCCUCUGAUGUGUGGAGCGUCUUCUGGAAGGGCACCGAUCAUUCGGAGCCUAGUGAGGUCAAUGGAGUUGAAAGCCCUCGGCAUCUCUGAGGAUCGGGCCCUUACAACCCCAAGUGCGAGUGCCACCCUGAACUCCCAUUGGCUGAGUGGUCGUCUUGUUGUGUGAUUUCUGACAUACGCAUUUUUAUCUCCUUUUUGAUUCCUCACAUUGUGUAGUAAAUGUCCCUGUCCCGUCACCUGGCCCCUUCACCUGAGCACUUACAGAUGUUUGCUAACGUUACCAAUAACAGGUGCAAGUUAUGGGUGCCUGCUAGACACAACUGGAGCGUCACUUUAUGAUCUAGCUUUGGUUCCUUCAGAAACAAGACCCCAUGUAGAGUCCAUAGUCAGUUCACAUAGGGCCUGAACCAAGGGGAAUCUUCCUGUUGACUUCAGUGGGCUUUGGAUCAGGCCCUAAGGAACAAAAUAUGGUAAUCUAUUAGCCAGCCUCACGUAUUAACCUUUGCUUGUGUCCUUACACAUUCCCCAGCUGUCAGCAUUCAAAACAUACAGUGUUGCCUGAAACUAGCAACUCUAAUAUAUAUUGGCUAUGGAAUACCUGUUCUUUUAACCACUGAGUUUCUGUUUCCCAAAAUCAUAACAUUGUUAGUGGAAAAAGUGGAUUUGAGUACUUCCUGUUGAAAUUAUUUGUGUAUCAAAAUGGGUUUUGCACAACCUGUGCCAGUGCCUCAACAAAGAACAGACCUGAUCUUCGUAAGCCAGAAAGGAUGUGUUCAAGCUUGUAUGGCUUUAUGGGUUAAAGGAGGUUGGAACAUUUUCAGUGCUAAAUGGAUUUUUGUAUAUCUUGACACUUUGAUGUAACCUCCUCUUUUAUUUAACUACUUAAACAUCUGGCAUAGAUGUGCAUAGAAUGUAAACCUAGAAUACGGCUGUUUUCAUGUCACAUUUAAAGCACUGAAAAAAAAUUAAGGAUUAUUUUUUAGUAAAGAGGUCCAAUGAGGGAUGUUCAGGGUAGAUAUAUUAGGUGCCACAACAGUUUUUAUAUUGCUGGCAGAUUUAGAGUUCACUUUUAAGUGAGUUUAAGGAAAGAAAAGCUUGAAGCACUAAAACUUCACCAAAUUCAAAACAAUCUCGGCAAAAAUGCCAUUUUGAGGUAGCACUAUUUAAACGAGUUGUGCAAUGAUUUGCUCUAAUUUUCUUUGUUCAAAAAAGAAAACCAGUCGCCAGACUAUAAAUUUCCUAAAUAGAUGCAUUCUAUUACAAAGUCACCGCGCUAGUUCGUGACUCUAAAGAAAUGUCAUAAAAGCAUGGAUUUCGUCCUUUAUUUGACAAGAGAUGUAUGUAAGUUUGUUUAAAUCAAUAUAAUUUUAGUGACAUUUUUAUAAGCUUCCCACUUUCCAUGAACCUAUAUUUUUUAUUUAUCCAAAGUUAUUUCUCUUUGUCCAUUUCUCUCAGCCUUAUGCAAACAAUAUGCAAGAAAUGCUGAAACUUGGAUAAAACGGGUCAUGCAGAGGGAAAAUGAAAGCUGAGAAUGAUCAUUUUCAUAAAAAGGUUGUUAGUAGUUUCAAUAAAAAAAAUACUGCUACUAAACUGUAACAUAAGCAGACAAUAAGAGGGAUUUAAAAUAAAGUAGAUUCAUAAAACUAUUAAAAUUAUUUUUGUUAACUUCAGUGUUUUUAGUGAUUGGAAUCUGAUUUUGCAAUCAACCGUGUUUUUUAUUUUUAAAUUUCUAGUGGAUGAUUUUUGUCUUUGUAUUUUUGCAUCACCAUGUUAGAGAAAUCGUUACCUCUCUGGCCACAUCCGCUUCGUUCCAUUCCUGAGCACUCUGAAGCACUUUUCUCUCUGCCAUAAGUGUCGUCUCGUACUGCACUCAGAGUGGUCUCAAAUGGACGGUGCUGGCUGGCUGCACUCUGCAAAACAAAACCUUUGCGCUCCCUGGGUGGCUUAUGGAACAGUCUCCGUUCCUGUGAGGUGUUCUCUCAACAUACAGUCAGCUACAAAACACAGGUUAGAGUCCAAUGAAAAUGACUUUGUUAUACUCUAGCUGCACAAACAAUAAACACAACAACGUAUAUGAAUAUGUGACUGUUGUAGAUACAUCUGGCCAGAUAAUGAGAUGCAUGUAUCUGAUCAAAUGUGUUCAUAAACUCACAUAUUCCUUCAUAAUGCAGUAGAAUAGGCUAUAGAACAUGCUAGUACACAGAAUGAUUGAGAAACUGGAGUCCUCAUUUUUUAUCCCUUGUACAUUUCACAUACAUGAAAAUUGAAAAAGGUGAAAUUUAUGAGGAAAAUCUAAUUUCCCAUUCCUGUUGAAUGGAUUUAGUGUGAUAUUGACCUGAUUUUACCAUGUGCCUGUUGAAGGCCUUAGAAUAUAUACUGUAUGUUAAUGACUGUAAUAACUUUAAAAAAAUUAGUUGAUAGCCUAAUCAAAAUGUAAAUAUAGCUACAACACAUAGUUACUAGGCAUCAACACAUUAAUUCAUGUCACAUAUUUUCAUUUCUUUACUGUUAGUUUUUAAGGUUUUCAUUAUUGCUUUUUGAUAUCUUUAGUAACGAAUGAAUUUAAUUUUGAAGGAGAAUUAGAGAAAGUUUAAGAUUUUUAAUACAUGUAUUCAACCCAUUUAGUUAUAUUCUAAACCAAUACUGAAGCAUGAUAAGGUAUAGAAUAUAGUCCAUAACUAGUUUGUAUAGUUUACAGUUUAAGAACAAAAUUAACUUUGUAUGUAACUCCUACAAUGAUAGAUUCAUUGUUAACUAAUUAUAUUAAGUUGUUGUUGCUAUGGCAACAAAACUACAACAUGGCUACCUUUGUAUACAUUAUUUGUGAAAUUUUCACAUGUAAAUUAAAAGUGAUGUGUAACAGUAUGAGCUUGUUAAAGGUACAGUUCGAUACUGUCAGAUAAAGAUAUGAUUGAAUAUUUUUAAAAUCCCAAAGUCCCAUGUGAAAGCUGAAUUUGUGUCUUUAGGUCACUUUUUCAGUCAAGAAGUUUACAACACAUGGAUUUAGAGUCAGGUUUUAUAGCUUGUAGAAAUUGUUGUGUGGCUAGGGUUAUUCCACAGUAUUUUAGGUUUUAAAACGUAACACCCAGCAUUUACAAUACAUUAACUGGUCUUUAUUUCAUUUCCUGUUGAUCAUCAUUGUGUGAAUUCAUAAGUAACCAGUUCAAGUACUGUAGUCUGACUGCAAUUAUUGUUUUUCCUGAAAUUGAAUACUCACACGAUUAUGUUAAAAUCAGGGCUAAAUAAUUAAACCUAUGAAUAUUUUAAUACUAAUUUAUAUUAGCAAAACCUGUACAUAAGAAAAAUAUUGUGGAAUGACCCCGUAACAGUGUUGAAGAUACAAAUAUGCUGCAGUUAAACUGAUUCAGUUAGUGUACGAAUGUGUGAGACACACCUUUUUUGCACUUAUGUACAUAGUCCACGAAAGAAAUCCUUGGAACUUAUUUUGAAUAUAAAAAGUCUGUAAUAAUACAGGAAAAGUUUGUAAAAGAGAUAGGUAUUACUAAGGCUUUGAAAAGGAGGAGUUUUUUGCUAUAAAACUUAUCUGAAAGCAUGAUGUUGCUUUGCUGUUGUAAAAGCUUUGUAGUUUGCCAUAGCUUACUAUACAGCAGACUGAUAACAGGUCAGCUUCAACCUGCAGCACCGAAAAUGGGAAACAGUACUUAAUUAAUUAGUACGGUCAUUAGCAAAGAUUUUAAUUGCUUUUAUAGCAGCCUACAUUUUAAAACACAUUCUAGAUCAUGGUUUUUAUAAGAAGUGGUGCUCACUAUCAAUCAUGUUGUGACCUGAAUGUCACAGGCGUUUCUGCUAGCCCCUAAUCUUCUUUCUAGCCAAUACUGGUUUUAUCUAUGAUAGAUUCGCGAAACUGAACGAUAGCCAUUCAUUGGGGAUUUUAUCCGCACGGAAUGUGGAAGCUGGGAGAGACAUUUCAAGAGCUUGCCAAGUUUUAAGGGAGCAAUAAAGUUGGGGAUUGGCCCUGCUUUGAGCAGGGGGUUGGACUAGAUGACCUCCUGAGGUCCCUUCCAACCCUGAUAUUCUAUGAUUCUAAGCAAGUGGUGGAACUUGGGUUGUUUACGAUUGUCUUGGGAUACUUGUCUGCUGCUGCUGAACUGCCUUGGCGUUUUGUUAGCGCGAGAGCCGUUGAUCCAGGGCAGUGUUCUGUCACGCCGCCUGGAUUGCUUGGUGGGGGAGGUUCCAUUGUGGCCUGGUGGGCUGGGAGGUUGGAAUGCGAAUGCUGAUCACUGCAGUGGUGUUAGCCUGUUGCAUGGGUUAAAGUAGAGGAGGGAGCAGGGAACUCAGCUUCCCCUCUGCCCCUUCCUCAGCGCCCUCUCCUCCUUGAGUGAGCAGAUUCCCCAUCCCCGGACAGGCUCCACCCCCCUCCAGGGCCAGGGAGAGAAUGGGACACGCCCUACCUGCAUCUUCUCGCUUUCCCUACUGCAAGGAAAGGUGGAUAAAUAACACCCAGAUCUGACGUUUAAAAAAAUCUCUCUUGUAGUCUCUUCAAAUGGCCUCAAAUUCUGUCAGCUGCGUCCAGCCGUUCUGGGGCGGAAUCCACCCAAACCCGCCAUGCACUUUGCUUUUGCAUUAGUGCACUUCCUCCAUGCUGGUGGAGUGUAAAUGAUGGACUGUCUGGAAGCGGGGGAGGGAAUCCCAGGGACGUGCCCGGCUCUGUGCACGGCAGGUGCACCCAUCAUUUCACUUGCCUCGCUCCAGGCCUGCUGGGGGAAAUGAGCUCGUCUUCUCCCCCUGCUCGUCCUCUGGCUGAAUCCUGUCACCAGCAAAUGGGACAGUGACGUGACCAUCAAAACCAGUGUCGCCAGCCCCUAGAGUUGGUGAGCUCCCUCGCCUCUUGCCAUCUGCUUUAGCCACCGCUUGCAGAACAGCAUCACAGCUAGUCGGCAACUCAGCACGUAAAACCCCAGUGUUCAUGCAGCGCUGCCGAGGACAAAAGGCUGUGGAUGGGCGGAAGGCUGGGUUGGGAGGUGUUUUUACUUUCACCAGUAAGGGACAGAAAUCUGAUUGGCUAGCAGAUCUUUCUAAUGGGGCCCACUCCUGCAUCUCCUGUGCUCCAGACUUCCCAUUGAUUUCCCGGGGAGCGUAGGCUGGGCAAGGAUUGUAGAACAGUGCUCUCAGCGUAACAUAUAAUAACUCGCCCUGUUAGGAACUCCCAUCAGAGCCGUAUACCGCUCUGCCCCUAGAAGUGUAUUUGUACGCCUGGCUGCUUGCCCUUCCGUGCCUUAUUGCAGCGGCAUCAUUUGCUAAAAUAAAAUGUUAAAAUACUAAUGAUGGGGGGGAAAAGAUUCAUGGUUUAAAAUAUCGUUUCCCCAUAGUAGAUGGCUGGGACCCAAAGGCAAGGGAAAGCCUGGGAUUCUUUUCCUGAUUUUUAAUUAGACCUGCAUUGUACAAUCACCAAAAGUCAACUCAAACCAAUAGCAUCGUGGAACAGAAAAUCCUGGCGGGUCUCUGAAAAGGCUGGGUUAGACCUUCACAUUGGGUUAAAUGUCCCAGAUCAGCAUUGUGUAGUAGAAGUGGCUGGUAUUUCUGAUAUUUUCCCCCCAGCCGUCAAUUUUAGCACCUGAGCCUUCAUUCCUUCCUGGGAGUUCGAAGAACUGGGUUUUGUCUCUCACUAAGGAAUGGAGGACUGCUGCAGGUGGAUGUUCACAGGCCAGCUUCGGCCAUCAGUUAGGCCCCAGUUUGGCAAAGUACUUACGGGCGUGCCUAAUUUUUGAAGUAGGUGAGUUGUCCCGGUAUCCUGGUGAAUCAGGGCCUUAGACCCAGGCAAUCCCAUUGACCUCAGUAGGGUAACAUGAGUGUAACUAAAGGUCGAAUUCAUCCUGUCGUCUUUCAAAGUGAACUAAAUGAGGGAAAACGUUUUGGAGCUGUUGGCUCUUUCAUGGGCCCCAUCAAAAUCUAGGUUUGGCUACUGUAAUGAGCUAGUUGGCACCAGUGCAUUAUUGUGUAACAAUGCAUGCCUGCAGGCCAGGGAGCGCUCUCCUUUGGUGUAAGUCUUUUUUAUAAUUAAGCGCGUUCUCCUUUGCAGGAUAAUUAAACAAAAAUACUUUGCACUAUGUGAAAUGAAUCACAGCCAGUAAAACUUUUUUUCACUAGGGUAAGAGAAGACCCUGUAAUCACAACACCACAGCUAAAAUCUUUGCUAGUGACCUUUACAGUCAUAUUCUCUAUCAUCAAAAUAAAAACUGCACAUGCCUCUCGAAUGAGAUAUUUAAACAUGCAAAAAUAACACAACUACUAAAUAAAACUAAGUUUUUAUCCAAACACACAACAGAGAGAAUUACCUGACACAGAAUUACAAGGUUCCAGUUCUUUAUUACUGUACACAAAUGCUAUUUGAUAGUGGUGGAAGCCAAAUGAUUUUGUUGCCAUGGCUUUUGUAUCCUAGCAGAUGAGGGGAUGACGUGACCAUUCUUAGAUAGGCUUGUGGGAUUUUUUUUCAAAUUAGAUUUUAUUAUUAUUUUAAAUCAUUAAAAAAACCAUCCAUUGUUAUGUCAUUUGACACUAGAUCACCCGUUAAAAAAUAAUAAUAGAGAAUUGUAUUUUAGGCAAUCACUAAAAUCAGGAAGAGAAUGUUCUCCUAAAUUUUCAAUUUUUAACUUACAUAAAUAGAACAUUAAUAUUAUUGUCCUGUAUAAAGUAGAUACGGAAGCACAUUCUUCUUUUCCUAGAUACUUCUGGUGAAACUUAAAGUAAGGGAAUCAUUAGACAGAUGUCAAUUUAAUUUAAUGAAAUAGUUUUAGAUUAAAAAAAAUACUGCUAGCCCUGUGGAAUUGUAACAAAUUAAAAUAUCAUCAGCAAAUCCCAACAGAUAAAGACUUGUGAUAUUUCAGUUCCAGAACAUAAUAUAGUUCAUUCCCUCAACUGCUAUCAACAAGGUGUACGCUUUGAAUUUAUUUUUCUUUUUGCCACAUUAUAUUGCUGUAGUGCUUGUAUGUGCUUUAGUAAUGUGCAUAAUGCUACUCAUUUUAGUAUGUUACUUCUAUAUUGUUAUUGUUUAUUUUUUGAUCUUUUAAUAAAGUGUAUAAAAUUC